AUCUUGUUUUUCCAUAUCUGAUUGGUGUGAAACAAUGCUAAAACUACUCCACCAUCCAAGUUGAGCAUGACUUUGGGUGGCUCUUAGGACACAUUUGUAUAAUAUUCUGAGCAACAGUAGAAAAGUGGGCUGCUGUUUCCUUCUCCUGGAAUAUUUUUCUUUCAAUGUGUCAGUGUGGUCUAUAGCCUAUUCAUAUCCAAAGCAGACCUGAUCCUGCUUAGUUUUUGAUCCCCAAGAAGGUCAACUACUUUCUCAGACAAUGUGAGAUGGAGCUCAGAGUAAAAGUUGUCUCAUCUACUUAUGGUUAAAUCGUCCUAUUGUGGUUGACCCAUGGAAGCCACCAGUCACUGGAACUUCUUUAAUGGCAGCAGCUCUGGGGUAGCAUUAAGGAACAGCUCCAAUUUCAGCUCCCAGUUUACUAGUGUGCAGUUGAUCCAGUCUUUCAAACCUCUGAUUAUCCCCUGCUACACGUUGGUGGUGCUUGUUGGCAUCUUUGGCAACUAUCUUCUUCUUUAUGUCAUCUGCAAGACCAAGAAAAUGCACAAUGUCACCAACUUCUUCAUUGGAAACCUGGCCUUCUCAGAUAUGUUGAUGUGUACAACCUGCAUCCCCUUUACCCUGGCAUAUGCUUUCAACCCUCAGGGGUGGAUCUUUGGGAAGUUCCUGUGUUACUUUGUGUUCCUGAUGCAGCCCAUGACUGUCUAUGUCUCUGUUUUCACACUUACUGCCAUUGCUGUGGACAGAUAUUACACCACUCUGCAUCUCCUGAAGAAGCGUAUCUCGUUUACAACUUGUGUGUACAUCGUUGGUGGGAUUUGGCUGCUCUCAUGUGCCCUGGUAGCUCCAGCUGUUGCCCACACUUACCAUGUGGAGUUCCAGAAGGAAGGCUUUACCAUUUGCGAGGAGUUCUGGAUAGGAGAAGUGAGGGAACACCUGGCCUAUGCUUACAGCACCCUGAUCAUCACCUACAUCCUGCCUCUUUCAGCUGUCUCUCUCUCCUACAUCUGCAUCACCAUCAAGCUGAAGAACCGUGUCGUUCCGGGUCAUCCAACACAAAACCAGGCAGAGUUUGACCGCCUGAGAAGAAGGAAGAUCUUCCGCCUCCUGGUGUUGGUGGUGGCUGCUUUCGCUGUCUGCUGGCUCCCCAUUCAUGUCUUCAACAUUAUCCGCGAUAUCAACAUCAACCUCAUUAACAAAGAAUACUUCCUUCUGUUGCAGUUGCUCUGCCACUGGUUUGCCAUGAGCUCUUCCUGCUAUAACCCUUUCCUUUAUGCCUGGUUGCAUGAUCGCUUCCGAAGUGAGUUGAAGGAAAUGUUCACCUUCAAGAAGAGGAUAAUCCCUGCCAAUAAUUGUGUUGCAGUCAGUGUUAUGCUUUAGAUAUAGAUUCAGUUCCUGCAGCAAGUAAGUAAGGCAAAGUCUGUUUUGAGUUGAGUUCAACUGCUUAUGACUUCACAAAGGUGUUUAUAUAGUUUUCAUAUAGUAAAGGGCAGAUGUGUACAUGUAUGAAUAGAUUAUUGUUCUGUGCUUUAGAUAUUUUGAAUUACAAAUCCAGUUACCCCAAACCAGGAAUGGCUAAUGGUCAGAUGUCCGGUUAAACCCAAGGAUAAUGAGGAGCAAUUCCCUCAGAGUUCAGUUCUUUAUUUACUUACAGAAUCUUGCCAGACUAAGCCCUUACUAUUCCCAUCCUAAUGGAUAUACCCUGAGAGAUUCUAAGGCAGUGGUCCCCAACCUUCAUGGCUUGACAUCCUGGCAGGGGAGAGAGAGAGUGGUACUGGACCGAGCAAGUGGUGAACUGGUGUAUACGCAUACACAUGUAGCCCUUGCACAAGUGGCAGGUGGGUGCUUAAGCAUGCAGCUUGACUUCUGUGAGUGGUGACCUGGCGGCCAGUGCACAAGUGUCCACAGCCCACCACUCAGGCAAGUUGAGCUGCGCGUGUUCCAGC